GUUUUGAUUGGCCGUUUGACUUCCGGGUGCAUGAGCAGACGAGCACAACAAUUGCGAGCUCCUGAAGAAAAUCUUCAAUAAACACCAGAGCAGAUGUCUUCAGACUCUCCUCGCAGGAUGAGUCGCUGUGCUGGAGGAGCUCUGGUGCGAGCACAAGCAGCCACAGAACAGUCCUACAUGGAGAGUGUAGUCACCUUCCUACAAGAUGUAGUUCCUCAGGCUUACACUGGCGCUCUGCAAACAGACGAAAAGGAGAAAAUCAUUUGGGUUCGAUUUGAGAAGGCUGACAUCAAUGACUCUGCACGAAACCCCGAGUUCAUGGAGAUGCACGGUGGUGCCACGGACCCUCCCCUCUGUCUCAUGAUCGGCUACACUGAUGGCAUUCAGAUUUGGAGCAUUUCUGUGGCAGGAGAGGCCCAGGAACUGUUCUCUGUGCGACACGGUCCAGUCAGAACUGCUCGCAUUUUGCCAGCCCCACAUAUCGGUCCUCUGGAAGUGGACAUCUUCUCUGACAAGAGACCCCUGCUGGGAGUUUGCAAGAGCACAGGAUCUUCAGGAACCAGUCCACCUUACUGCUGUGCUGACCUGUACUCUCUGAAGACAGGAGAGAUGGUCAAGUCCAUCCAGUUCAAGACCCAGAUCUAUGAUCUGCACUGCAACACUCACAUCCUGGCAGUCAGCCUGCAGGAGAAGAUCGCAGCGUUCGACAGCUGCACUUUCACCAAGAAGUUCUUUGUCACAAGCUGCUAUCCCUCACCUGGACACAAUCUCAACCCUGUGGCCCUGGGCAGCCGCUGGCUAGCCUACGCUGAGAACAAGUUGAUCCGGUGUCACCAGUCUCGAGGAGGAGCAUGUGAUGAUAAUUCCCAAUCCUACACAGCAACAGUGAUCAAUGCUGCCAAGACCCUGAAGAGCGGCCUGACCAUGGUUGGCAAGGUGGUGACCCAGCUGGCAGGUACCGUGCCAACAAGUACGUCUGAUGAAGAAGGUUCUCCUCACACUGGGAGUCGUCGUAGUCUCCACACCUCGGGGGUGGUCACCAUCAUUGACACACACAGUGUUGGCGAAGGGCAGGUGCUGGUGAGUGAGGACUCUGACGGAGGAGGAGUGGUGGCUCACUUCCCGGCUCACGACAAGCCAAUAUCCUGCAUGCAGUUCAGUCCCAGCGGAAUGCUGCUGGUGACCGCGGACAUCCUGGGUCACGACUUCCACGUCUUCCAGGUCCUCACCCACCCCUGGACCUCCUCCCAGAGUGCCGUGCACCACCUGUACACCUUGCACCGCGGGGAGACCGAGGCCAAGGUGCAGGACAUGUGUUUCAGCCAAGACAGUCGCUGGGUGGCCAUCAGCACACUUCGUGGCACCACACACGUAUUUCCCAUCAACCCGUACGGCGGCGCCCCCUGCACCCGCACACACUUGUCCCCGCGGGUGGUCAACCGGAUGUCCCGCUUCCAGAAGAGUGCGGGCCUGGAGGACAUCGAGCAGGACCUGAACAGAGCGGCCGCUUAUGGAGGCGGGGCAGGCGGCGGCGGCCUGGGAGGAGGCGGCUGUGUCCUGGGAGGAAGCAUGGGGGGGCGCUGUAGUCCCGUACCUGGACUCUCCAGUAGUCCUUCAGGGUCCCCGCUGCACGCCAAGCUGAGCAGUCCAGAGUCCUACAACAACUUGAGUCACAACAACAUGAACAACCCUCGACUGUCUGCUACCAACACCACUCUGCUACUACUACUUCCUCUGGUGCAGAUCAAACAACCUCUCACCCUGGGCAACAUCACCAAGAGGACCAGCAAAACUAAACCACCCUCACAGAUCUCUCCAAGCAAGUCUGCUGGAGGAGAGUUCUGUGUGGCCGCCAUCUUUGCUUCUUCCCGCUCCUGGUUCAUCAGCAACCCCACCAUGAAGAGAGAGAAAGACCAGCCAAGGCAAACUGUAGUGGACUCACUGUACAUCAUCAGUUGCUAUGGUAACCUGGUGGAACACGUUCUGGAACCCCGGCCAAUCAUCACAGCCCAGAAAAAAAGUGACGACACGGCUUUAGAACUUUCCAGUUCUCCAAGGGCCUGCUGGACGCUGGCGAGAACCCCACAAUGGAAUGAACUGCAGCCGCCCUUCAACGCCAACCAUCCCUUGGUCUUGGCCUCCGACUUGGUGCGGUCCUGCCAGGAACUUCUGGCUGGGACGUCCCCAAGCCACGUCCAGCAACACGCUGAGUCAUCAGAAAUGCGUGCGUGCGAGGCGAGAGGACAAUACGACGAGGAGUGGCUCUCCCAGGUGGAGAUCGUGACUCACACCGGUCCACAUCGCCGCCUGUGGAUGGGACCACAGUUUCAGUUCAAGACCAUCCACCCUUCAGGCCAGACCACCGUCAUUUCCUCCUCGUCCUCGGUCCUGCAGUCUCAGGGUCCGCCUGACGCCCAGCAGCCUCUCCUGGACUUUGACACGGACACCCUGGACUUGCACAGUCUGAGGAUCCAGCCGCUGCGUUCGGAUCCAGUCAGCAUGCCCGGGUCUUCGGGGCUGCCGUCCGACCGUCAAGGACAGGUGAACAUCAUGGACGCCGGACCAGACACGUUGGACGGGUGUGGCGUGACGCUGCUGGAGGUGUGUGGCAGCUGGCCGGAGACUUUUGGCGUGCCGAGACACAACUUGGCUUUCUCAGAGUCCACGGACGAAGGUCUGAGGGAGCGUUUGGCCGACGCCAUGUCCGAGUUUCCUUCUCGCGACAUCGAGGGUUCUGCUACAGAGCUGCAGAGAGAAGGAAGCAUCGAGACUCUGAGUAACAGUUCAGGUUCUACAAGUGGAAGUAUUCCAAGGACAUUUGAAGGUUAUCGUUCUCCUCUUCCGACCAAUGAGAACCAACCUCUCAGCCUCUUCUCCACCAACUACCCCUGAACACACACACACACACACACAUCAUACUGCACACACACACACACUAUACUACACACACACUUCUCCACCAACUUCCCCUGAACACACACACACACAUCAUACUACACACACACUUCUCCACCAACUUCCCCUGAACACACACACACACACACACAUCAUACUACACACACACACUUCUCCACCAACUUCCCCUAAACACACACACACACACAUCAUACUACACACACACUUCUCCACCAACUUCCCCUGAACACACACACACACACAUCAUACUGCACACACACACACACUAUACUACACACACACUUCUCCACCAACUUCCCCUGAACACACACACACACAUCAUACUACACACACACUUCUCCACCAACUUCCCCUGAACACACACACACACACACACAUCAUACUACACACACACUUCUCCACCAACUUCCCCUGAACACACACACACACAUCAUACUACACACACACUUCUCCACCAACUUCCCCUGAACACACACACACACACACACACACACUAUACUACACACACACUUCUCCACCAACUUCCCCUGAACACACACACACACAUCCACACUAUACUACACACACACUUCUCCACCAACUUCCCCUGAACACACACACACACACACACACACAUCAUACUACACGCACACACAUACACACUAUACUACACACACACUUCUCCACCAACGACCCCUGAACACACACACACACACACACCAUACUACGUACACACACACACACUAUACUACACACACACUUCUCCACCAAGUUCCGCUGAACACACACACACACACACACACACACACACACACACCAUACUACGUACACACACACACACUAUACUACACACACACUUCUCCACCAAGUUCCGCUGAACACACACACACACACACACUAUACUACACACACACACAACUACAAAUGUUUGUACACACACACACACACGAUGCUACACACACUAUAAAUAAAUAACACAAUAUUGCAUUUAAGUAUUAUACAAUAUUAAACAUAAGUAUUACACAUAAAUAACACACAAUAUUCCACAUAAUAAAAAUAUGAUAUUACACUUAAAUUACACAAAACUGCACAUUACACACAAUAUUACACGUGAUUAAUACACAAUAUUACAUUACAAUAAAACACAUUAUUACAGAUUAUGAAUACACAAUAUUACACAUAACACACAAUAUUAAACAUAAAUAACACAAUAGUACACAUAAAUAACACACAAUAUUACACAUAAAUAAUCCACAAAUUACAGAUAAAUAACACACAAUAUUACACCUAAAUAACACACAAUAUUACACAUAAAUAUCACACAAUAUUACACAUAAAUAAUCAACAAAUUACAGAUAAAUAACACACAAUAUUACACAUAAAUAUCACACAAUAUUACACAUAAAUAAUCAACAAAUUACAGAUAAAUAACACACACUAUUACAGAUAAAUAACACACAAUAUUACACAUAGAUAAUACACAAAUUACACAUAAAUAACACAAUAUUACACAUAAAUAACACAAUAUUGCACAUAAUUAACACACAAUAUUACACAUAAAUAAUACACAUAUUACAGAUAAAUAACACACAAUAUUACAGAUAAAUAACACACAAUAUUACAGAUAAAUAACACACAAUAUUACACAAACAUAAUCCUCUCCCACAUGUAUGAUGUUUUCUGCGUUCACUUUCUGGACAAGAAGUAUUUGAUCCCUGCUGAUGUUGUACUACUCUCCAUCCAUGAAAAUAUGACAUCAUUUGUAAUACUUUGUACUAUCAGAGACACAAUGUACACAAACACAACCUUUAUAGUAUUCCACUGAGUAAAGUAAGUGUGUGAUCUCCUAGCAAGCAGUGUAGGAAUGAGUACUGUACCUUGAAGAAAGUACUUAGUAUGUGUAGCAAAUACAUUGAGAGAUGGACAAGACUGUCAGAGAUUGUAGACCUACACAAGACUGGGAGGAUGUUACACACCUGACGAGACCACACCUUCAUGUCAAGUACUGCAACUACAGGAAACUACCAAGUACUGCAACUACAGGAAACUACCAAGUACUGCAACUACCAAGUAAAGUUCUGCAGCUACAAGAAACUACCAAGUACAACAACUACAUGAAAACACCACGAAAAGUACUACUACAAGAAACUACCAUGUAAAGUACAACAACCAGAGGAAAUGACCAAAUAAAGUACUACAACUACAAGAACCUAGCAAGCAAAGUACUACAAGAAUCUGCUUCUCAGCAAUACUUUCUGCAAGGUGUGAGUAUGAAGUCAAAUACUUCUUUACCUGAAUGGAAUACUCAUGAGUGAAGUACACGUUGUAUUUGCAGGUAUUUGUGUGUUCUGUUGAAGUACUUGCACCAUGAGUACACACAUACUUCAAAACAGGGGAGCAAACACUUCUUUUCAAAUACUGGCUAAUACAACACAGUUUUGCUAAAUACUACUUCCAAAAUACUCCAUGCAUGAAAAGUAAAAAUGUCAAUAUUUGGACCAAAAGUAUGAAAUAUUUGAAGUAUUACAAGAAAUGUUUGAAGACUUCAAAAGUGAUCUUUUUGUAUUUGUUGUCUGAAUGACCAACUUAAUCAAAUGUUGUUAAUAAAGUCACCUCUGAUCCA